UGACGUAACACAGGUGUUGGCCAACCUGCUGUCUUUAGCUCUUCCCCCGCGACUCGACUGCAUUUGUCCUUCAUUCACUGCGGAAAACGGCUCGCCUUUUUGUAGCUCCUCCAGUAAUCGCGUUUCUCUCCCUUUAGAAAUCUUUACUUCAUUACUUUUACCAGAGCAGAAUCUACCUGAGCUUUUCCCGCCAUGUCUGGAGCUGUCGCGCGCCUCCUCCUGCUCCUCCUGGGCUGGGCUGGAGUCUCCACCGCAAAUAAAGGGCGAAUGAUGAUUGGUAUUGAGGAUCCCGACGGCACUGUCGCUAUUGAUGAAGUUGCAAUGAACACUUUGAAGAGCAGCUUGACCACCGUCUUUCUACCCAUCAUCUACAUUGUUGUGUUCGCUGUAGGGUUGCCCACAAAUGCCAUGGCAAUAUGGGUCUUGCUCUUCAGAUCGAAGAAGGUCCACCCUGCUGCGAUUUACAUGGCUAACCUGGCAUUGGCUGACCUGCUGUUUGUCAUCUGGAUCCCACUGAAAAUCGUAUACCACUUCAACGGCAACAACUGGACCUUCGGGGAACCGAUGUGUAAGGUUCUCGUGGGCUUUUUUUACGGGAACAUGUAUUGCUCUGUGCUGUUCAUCGCAUGCUUGAGCGUCCAGAGGUACUGGGUGGUGGCUCAUCCCCUCACACAGCAGAGGACGGACAACAGGCUGGCCAUCGUUCUGUCUGUUCUCAUCUGGGCCUUUAUUUGGAUUAGUAGCACACCGCUGUACCUGUACGAGCAGACGGCCAAGAUCUCGGACCUGAACAUCACCACUUGCCAUGACGUGAAGGCCAUCAGUCGGGAGAACUUCCAGACGGCGAACGCCUUCAAGGACUUGAAGGAGCCCUACUACUACUUCAUGUUGAUGGCGGGGCUGGCGUUCUUUGUGCCGUGUGUGAUCAUCAUAGUUGCGUAUGUCCUGAUGCUGCGGAAGCUGGGGGACUCCACCAUGGACGGGAGCAGUGCUGGCAAGACUCGUCGCAAGGCCAUUUUCCUCAUCAUUACGGUUCUCGUCACUUUCCUGGUUUGCUUCGUACCCAGUAAUGUGAUGUCUGUAGUGCAUUACUCUCUCAUUGGAAAAGGGAUAACCAACAGCGGGUACGCCUUCUACAUCACCACGCUCUGUCUGGCCAGUCUCAACAGCUGUCUGGACCCCUUCAUCUACUACUACGUGUCGGAGGAAUUCAGGGAGCAUGUAAAGAACACGCUCCUCUGCCGAAGCAGCCGGACGGUGGAGAGGAUGAGGGUUUCCUUCAGCUCCAUGAAGUAUUCCCAGAAGAGCAAAAUCUACACCUCCAGCUCUGGCCACACAGACAGCAGCACAUGCUGAGAGCACAUGUAAACCUCACUCACCUCACUGUGAUCUUCUUGUUGGGUUAUACUUGGACUUCUGGCUACUGUUCCAUCGUGUCUCGGGAAACCCAAACCCAGACAGCUUCCUCUCUACUGAUAAGUCUCUAAGUAAGUCCUACUGAGCCAUAUAGAGACUAAGACUGAGAGUAUGUUCAUGCCUAUACUGGAAUUAUUCAUUUACUAACCAUUGUAGAGACUGUACUGGACUUCCUUCAGCAGCUCUUGAAGGACAGGGUCCCUUCAGUGUCAAAUCUGGAAACAGCUAACAUGGUGGCACACAAAUGAGGAAGAGUUCCAAAGCUUAAGCAGCUUAAUGCACUGAAACUUUCUGUUACAAGCUGAAAGCGAAGCUGAAAAGAGUUCUUUUGAGCCAUAGAAGAGCCACUUUUGAAACUUUUUACCUGCAGACUUUUUACCAAUUUAAAGGAUUUUGUUCAGGUUUUUCAUGCUUCCACACUUCUCCUAAAGAAUGGAUUGAAACUGGAUUCUUUUUAGAGCAGUUGUUUUGCUGCUCUAGAAUUCUGUUCCCAGCCAGCUUGCAACACAUAGGAAUAGAGCAAUGAUGUGGACUGUCUGGGAGUCCCAGUUUAAGAACCAGUUUGAGAACCACUGCUUGGUUCUUUAAUAUAAUUGCACAAUGAAACUUUUUUGGGGGAUGUUAUUUUUAAAAGUGUAAAACUGAGCUUGCCCAUGACGUACAGUACAGGCCAAAAGUUUGGACACACCUUCUCCUUUUCAAUGCAGUUUCUUUUUUUAUGACUAUUUGCAUUGUAGAUUCUCACUGAAGGCAUCAAAACUAUGAAUGAACACAUGUGGAGUUUUAUGUACUUAACAAAAAAAAGUGAAAUAACUGAAAAAACAUGUUUUAUAUUCUAGUUUCUUCAAAAUAGCCACCCUUUGCUCUGAGGAAUGCUUUGCACACUCUUGGCAUCAUUCUCUCAAUUAGCUUCAAGAGGUAGAGUCACCUGAAAUGGUUUUCCAACAGUCUUGAAGGAGUUCCCAGAGGUGUUUAGCAGUUGUUGGCCCCUUUGCCUUCACUCUGCGGUCCAGCUCAACCCAAACCAUUUGGAUUGGGUUCAGGUCCGGUGACUGUGUAGGACAGGUCAUUUUUUGCUAAGUACAGAACUCCACAUGUGUUCAUUCAUAGUUUUGAUGCCUUCAGUGAGAAAAUAAAGAAAACCCAUUGAAUGAGAAGGUGUGUCCAAACAUUUGGCCUGUACUGUAUUCCACAAAGCAGGAGUUCUCAGAUUAUCCAGUUGGUAUAAUCCUGAGGGAAAGCCUCUCACGGUUGUGGGAUAUUCUUAUUAGACAUCCCAGAACUUUGGGUUUAAGUUAUCUGACCAAAUGUUUGUAUAGAAAAGGGAUAUUUACACAGAUUUAUUUUUACCAGAUGAUUUGAGCUUAGUAAAGCUUGUCCAAUGAGAACAGAUACGCUUUAGCAUCAUGUUUUUCAGCGUACUGUUUAAUUCCACUUUGUGAAAUACCACCCUGGUACUGGUGUUUGUUUUCUAUAUAGAUAAGUCUGUGAAUAUUUUCUGUUACUGAAGGACUGAAUCAAACAUUUGAUUUGGCUUUGGUUUGUUCCAAACAUGGACAAAGCACAGGAUUUCUGUACUUGAAUAAUAGAAAAAAUAUUUUUGGUAAAAUAUGAUAUAUGUGCUUGCCAUUGUAAAGUACUUUUAAGCUAUUACAGAUCUUGUACAAUAUAAUUUUUAUUACCAGGUUCUAUCACAUGCAUCAUAUCAUGGAAGAUGAAUUUUGCUUACUUUUGUAAAAUAAAUUUUAUACAAAAACUUCAAAACCUGCCAUUCAAUUCCUAGUUUCAUUUUGAAAAAGCCAACAAUUCACACCUUUUUUAUAAGAAGUGUUUCAGCUUUCAGACUACUGUGGUCCUUGGCAUUCAAUCUGAACCAAGCUCAUUUACAUAUGUAUCAGUCUUAAAGAGGCUCUAAAUUCUAAAACUUUUUUUUUUCAUUAAUAGCUGAAAUAUGUUCCUUUUGAAGUAAUAAUAUUCAUAACAUACCAGGCCUGCAUAAAUUGUUUAAAAGGUUCAACUGUGCUUUAGGUGAGGAGGACGUAUCCAUGUACUUUGGUACGCAGACACUUACAAUAUGCAAAUCAAUCAAUCAUUCAAUAAUACCACCCCCUUGGUAACCUCCAACUGUCUGCAUCUCACCGCUAUCGGAGGCAGACUGAUCAACCCAAUCAGCUCUCCCUUCUGCCCUGCCCCUAAACCCAUACAUCACCCAGUGCCUUUCCCAAACUACUACUUCCUUCCUUUUUUUUUUUUUU